AUGCGGACCCCACAGGCUCCCUGGCCCGUCAUGUGGGCCAUGCUGCAGCUGGGCUGGCGACCAGGAUGGCUCCUAGACGCCCCCGACAGGCCCCUCAGCUUCUCCCCCGCCCGGCUCUCGGUGCCCGAGGGGGCCAACGCCACCUUCACCUGCAGCUUCGCCAACAUGUCGGAGAGCUUCGUGCUGAACUGGUACCGCAUGAGCCCCAGCAACCAGACCGACAAGCUGGCCGCCUUCCCCAAGGACCGCAGUCAGCCCGGCCAGGACCCCCGCUUCCGCGUCACGCAGCUGCCCAACGGGCGCGACUUCCAGAUGAGUGUGGUGGCCGCCCGGCGCAAUGACAGCGGCAUCUACCUCUGUGGCGCCAUCUUCCUGACCCCCAAGACGCAGAUCAAAGAGAGUCCCCGCGCGGAGCUCACGGUGACAGAGAGAGCUGCGGAAUCUCCCACACCGCACCCCAGCCCCCCACCCAAGCCCGGGGGCCAGUUCCAAGCCCUGGUGGUCAGCGUCACCAGCGUCCUGGUGGGUGUCCUGGUGCUGCUGCUACUGGCCUGGGUCCUGACCACUGCCUGCCCCAGGGCCACUCGAGGGGCCGGAGCAGCCGGAAGUGCCGACCAAGCCCCGGGAGGAGCCCUGAAGAAGGAGGACCCCUCAGCCGUGCCCGCGUGCACCGUGGACUAUGGGGAGCUGGACUUCCAGUGUCGAGAGAAGACCCCGGAGCCCCCUGCCCCCUGCGUUCCUGAGCAGACAGAAUACGCCACCAUCGUCUUCCCCAACGGGCUGGGUGUCUCGUCCCCAGGCCGCCGCGUCUCAGCCGACAGCCCUCGGGGUCCCCGGCCGCUGAGGCCUGAGGACGGCCACUGCUCCUGGCCCCUCUGACCGGCUUCCUGGGCCGCCAGCAUCCUGCAGACCUUCCGCUGUGAGCCCAGGGUGGACUCCUUCCUAAAGAGGGGUGUGCAGGGUGCCCAGCGCCCAGGGGCUCAGCGACCGGAGACCACCCUGUACCUGUGCCAGCCCCACUGCAGGACUCUGACUUAAUGCCACCAAGAGCCUGGGCAGCGGGGUCACUGUCCCUUACAGUGCGGGCCUGAGGCGGGCACCACUUCAGGCUU